UUAUCAUAUCAGCAGCACAUCAUUUGCGACUAAGUGAAAUAGCAGACCGGACUGGCACACUCUGCUGUGAUUCCUUAAUAAGCGGCUCCCAAGCGUCCGCGUUCUUAGUAUUAACUUAGCCCUAGAAGCGAAUAGAACCGAAAUGAAGAACUCCCACGCGUACCCAGAUUACGAGUCCUGUUACUACGAGGAUGUUACAAAGUCGUGGCUUAAUCAAACCGAGGGAUACACGGACUGCAGUUAUGGAUACGGCCAAAGUGAGACUUCAACCUACACGGACUACAACAAAAUAGACACUAAUUUGUACAACGAAUCCAACAAUCAAUGGAUACAAAAUGAGCCAGCUGCUGUUCAGCUCCCUCUAAUACAAACAGCCAAGCACCGAACCACGAAUCGAAAGGAACGCACGGCAUUUUCAAAAUCGCAGCUCAAGGAGCUGGAAACCGAGUUUUGUUACUCCAACUAUUUGACCCGCCUGCGUCGUUACGAGAUCGCUGUCGCCUUGGAGUUGACAGAACGGCAGGUUAAGGUGUGGUUUCAAAAUCGACGGAUGAAGUGCAAGCGCAUCAAGCUAGAGGAGCAGGAAAGCAACAACAAAACGCAGUUAUAG